AUGGAGUUCCUCCUGGGGAACCCGUUCAGCACGCCGGUGGGGCAGUGCCUCGAAAAGGCUACAGACGGCUCCCUGCAGAGCGAGGACUGGACGCUGAACAUGGAGAUCUGCGACAUCAUCAACGAGACGGAGGAAGGGCCAAAGGAUGCCAUUCGAGCCCUGAAGAAGCGGCUCAACGGGAACCGGAACUACCGAGAGGUGAUGCUGGCGCUGACGGUGCUGGAGACGUGCGUGAAGAACUGUGGCCACCGCUUCCACGUCCUCGUGGCCAACCGGGAUUUCAUCGAUGGCGUCCUGGUCAAAAUCAUCUCUCCCAAGAGCAACCCCCCAACCAUCGUGCAGGACAAGGUGCUGGCUCUCAUCCAGGCGUGGGCCGACGCCUUCCGGAGCAGCCCUGACCUCACGGGCGUCGUGCACGCGUACGAAGAGCUGAAGAGGAAGGGCGUGGAGUUCCCCAUGGCCGACCUGGACGCGCUGUCCCCCAUACACACACCCCAGCGGAGUGUCCCGGAGGUGGACCCAGCCACCAGCAUGCCCAAGUCCCAGUCGCAGCCAAGGACGAGCAGCGGCUCCUCCUUGGUGCUGCAGGUCCCGGCUCUGAGCGCUGCGGACCCCAUCACGGCCAAUUCAGAGCAGAUCGCCAGGCUGCGGAGCGAACUGGACGUCGUUCGGGGAAACACAAAGGUCAUGUCCGAGAUGCUAACGGAGAUGGUUCCCGGGCAGGAGGACUCGUCUGAUCUGGAGCUGCUGCAGGAGCUGCACAGGACCUGCCGCGCCAUGCAGCAGCGCGUCGUGGAACUCAUCUCCCGCGUGUGCAACGAGGAGGUCACCGAGGAGCUGCUGCACGUCAACGAUGACCUCAACAACGUCUUCCUCCGAUAUGAGAGGUUCGAACGAUACAGGUCAGGCCGAUCCGUUCAAAAUGCCAGUAAUGGAGUGCUGAGCGAAGUGACAGAGGACAACCUCAUCGACCUGGGCCCGGGGUCUCCAGCCGUGGUGAGCCCGACCGUGGGGGGCACGGUGCCCCCGUCUUCCCUCUCCUCCCAGCUUGCGGGCUUGGACCUGGGCGCGGAGAGCGUCAGCGGCACCCUGAGCUCGCUCCAGCAGUGUCAUCCCCGGGACGGCUUUGACAUGUUCACGCAGACCAGAGGGAGCUCCUCGGCUGAGCAGCGCAAGACGGCCACCUACGAGGACCCCCAGGUCGUCGGAGUACUUGCUUCUGCGGUAGACGGUCGGAAACAGAGCCCCGAAGUGAUCCCCGUGGUGCAGCCGUCUGUCAUGGACGACAUUGAGGUGUGGCUCAGGACCGACCUGAAGGGCGACGACCUGGAGGAGGGCGUCACGAGCGAAGAGUUCGAUAAAUUCCUUGAAGAAAGGGCCAAAGCUGCCGAAAUGGUUCCCAACCUCCCCUCUCCCCCAGCGGAGGCUCCGGCCCUGGCCUCAAAUCCCUCCAGCCGGAAGAAGCCAGAGCAGUCAGAGGACGCCCUCUUUGCCCUGUGA